UAGGGCCUGAGUUGGACGGUACCUGCUCUAAGCUUCCAGCCUAUGGGGCUAAUAAUUCCCAGGACACUCUUCCUCCCAUCUCAGAAGGCUUGUUUUUCCUCCUGCCUUUAUGCUGGGCAGCAUCACUUACAGGCGGAUUGUCUCAGCUUCCAAAGAACUAUUGUGGCUUGUCUGGCUUUAGAUCAGAUUGGCAUCUGACCAAGGUGCCCCCCACCCCCCCCCCACCCCAUGAGGGUCCCUGGAGAAGCAGACUUAGGAUCCCCAGGAAGGAGCUGGACGUUUAUCCUGCCUGUUACAGGAGACUCUCCUUUGUGCUUUGUUCCAGGCACCUGUCUCUCGGACUGAAGAACCAGGAGCUAAGGCCUCUGGGCAAGUCCGAUGUCCGGAUGAAGAUGCUGGCGGCCCCCAUCAAUCCAGCCGACAUAAAUAUGAUCCAAGGGACGUAUGCCAUCCUUCCCGCGCUGCCCGCGGUCGGAGGGAAUGAAGGGGUCGGCCAGGUAUUGGAAGUGGGCAGCGCUGUGACUGGACUGAAGCCCGGGGACUGGGCGAUCCCGGCCGAUGCUGGCCUUGGAACCUGGCGGACUGAGGCUGUAAUCAGUGAAGAGGCCCUGGUCAGCGUCCCAAGUGACAUUCCCCUGCUUUGUGCGGCCACCCUGAGUGUCAACCCCUGCACUGCCUACAGGAUGCUGUGUGACUUUGAGCAGCUGCGCCCAGGAGACUCCAUCAUCCAGAACGCAGCCAACAGUGGAGUGGGGCAAGCCGUCAUUCAGAUCGCUGCAGCUUUGGGCCUGAGAACCAUCAACGUGGUCCGAGACAGGCCGGACCUGCAGCAGCUGGUGGACAGAUUGAAGGCUCUGGGGGCUGAACACGUCUUCACAGAGGAGGCCCUGAGAAGGCCAGAGAUCAAGGACUUCUUCCAGACAUUUCCUCGGCCACAACUUGCACUCAAUUGUGUUGGUGGAAAGAGCUCCACUGAGCUGAUGCGACACCUGGGGCACGGAGGCACCAUGGUGACCUACGGAGGGAUGGCCAAGCAACCAGUCACAGCCUCGGUGAGCUCAUUCAUUUUUAAGGACAUCAAGCUCCGGGGCUUCUGGAUGUCUCAGUGGAAGAAAGACCGAGGUCCAGACCAGUUCAAAGAGAUGAUCCUCACCCUGUGUGACUUUGUCCGCCGAGGGCAGCUCACGGCUCCGGCCUGCUCGGAAGUCCCACUGAAAGAUUACCAGGUAGCUCUGGAAGCCUCCAUGAAGCCCUUCAUUUCCUCAAAGCAGAUUCUCACCAUGUAACAGCCCGGGAGGAUGAGUAACCAACCGUGUAUCAUGAGCCAGCGGUAGAGGGACGCGACAUCUCCUGUAUCAGCCCUUGGCCAGGUGCUAUGUCCACCAGAGCUUCUCUCCGAAGCAUCGCUGCUCCCCAAGGCAAGCCUGAUUCUGAGAUCAGGAAAUAGUGGCCGUUAAGCCGUCAGCCCUGGGCACUGGCCCAGCCUUCACCAAUAAAGUAUGGUUGCCAGUUUCUUAAACAGGAAGAA